UUGAGUUCCAGUUAAUCAGUAGGUAUUUUUUUAUCAUGAACUUAUAAAAUCACUUAAAAUGAUUUUUGUUGUAUUAUGCAUUUUUAUUUUGGAGUUCCAAGAAUCAGUAUCACAAUUUCCAAGUCAUAUGGACUUACAAAAAGUCGGUGAUGUGAUAUUCAACAACGAAAAAUACAACAUACUUAAGCCAACAGUGCACGUAAUCACAGAUUAUUUCAAGGACCAUGUGUUAAGAACCGAGAAUAAGGAUCCUGGUGCCAGAAUUUUCAUUGACCACAAUGGCUUCAGACAUACUUGGACGGGUUUCGGUAAGAAAACAAAAAGUUUGAGAAAAACUGAUCUAGAUCACAAGGAUGGAGAUGUUGAAGACACUGACGUGAAAUCAAAUGACGAUGUUGAAAUAACAAGCACUGUUGCCACCGUCAACUCAAGCGAAGAUAGUAACCAUAGCAACGAAACAAAUGAACAACAAGGCAAUAAAACUUCUGAGGAAAAUAAAGAAGAUAGUGCUAAUGGUGGCGCCGAAAGUAAAAACACAACAACAACCCUUAAUAUAAUAACAGAGAAUAAAGGCUCGAAGGUCCUAGGCCUAAAACACAAAAUGAGACAAGUCGGAUCAACUAAAAGUGUUGUACGAAAUGCACCUAAAAACGAGAAAACUGAAAAUGACCCUAAAAUUGAAUCAAAGGCGGGUAAAGACAGAACUGUAGCAAAAACAACAUUUUUCUGUCCCUUCCUAGGGGUUAUCACCAUGUCAGCGUUUAUUGAUUGAAGUGAUACGAAUUCAGCAACUAAAUAACAUUUUAAUAAAGAUUUUAGUAUGAAAAU